AUGCUGAAUUAUUGGAACUUCUUUUGUUCCUUGCAUUCAAUGGCUUCUUCCCUAUGCAAUAUCUUCCUCAUACUUUGUUUGUUUAGUGUUCUGGCCUCCAUAGGGCCAUAUCCAGCUGCAGUUCAUUCGGCUGGUGAUGUUCCAAUUAAUGUGACCAAGCACUUUUCCUUCUAUAAUUUCAGCUUCAGCAAUAACCCCAGACUAGUCCAUGAUGUGAAGCUCCUAGGCAGUGCCAAGUUCUCAAAUGAAAAGGGUUCUCUUCAAAUCCCAAAUGAGUCACUAGACACAGACCUAAGACACCAAGCAGGUAGAGGCAUCUAUUCCUUCCCAAUUCGCCUGCUUGAUCCAACCACCAAGACUCCAGCUUCCUUUCAAACAACUUUCUCUUUUCAAAUGAACAAUUCCACUGCCUCUGAGCAAGCUGCUUAUGGAGGUAGUGGCCUCACUUUCAUCAUUGUCCCUGAUGAGUUCACUGUGGGAAGGUCAGGGCCAUGGCUUGGAAUGCUCAAUGAUGCUUGUGAGAAUGACUACAAGGCAGUGGCAGUGGAGUUUGACACAAGAAAGAACCCCGAGUUUGGAGAUCCAAAUGACAACCAUGUUGGCAUCAACUUAGGUACCAUAGUAUCUACCAAAGUUAUCAAUGUUUCUGAUGUUGGAGUGUCCCUUAAAGAUGGAUUUGUUCAUCGCGCUUGGAUCACCUAUGAUGGUCAUCAAAGGAGCAUGGACAUUCGUCUUGGAAGGGCCAACGAAGAGGAUUAUCCUUCCACACCUAUCUUCUCAGAAGAUGUGGAUCUCUCUCCUUAUCUAAAUGAGUACAUGUUUGUGGGGUUCUCAGCCUCCACAGGUAACCAUACACAAAUCCACAACAUACUUUCUUGGAACUUCACUUCCACAAGCCAAGCUUUUCUCCGCUUCCCUUCAUCUGAAACCUGCCAGGGUAAGAUCUUACUUGAGAAUAGUACAGCAUCACCAACAACUGAGAAAUCUUCCAAGAGUGAGCCACCAAGAAGCUUUUUGAUUUUUAUGGCUGCUGUGGCAUUGGCUCUGGUCCUUUUCCUUGGCUUUUACUUCAUCAGUAAGCAUAGGAGAAAUACUUCCAAAUUAAACACUUCAGUGGAGACAGAGAUUCACUUGCCAAGGCCUCCAAACAAACCACGCCGCUUCACAUUUUCUCAACUUUCAUCUUCAACUCGGUCAUUCAGUGAGAUAGAGUUGCUUGGCAGUGAUUCUAGAGGAGAAUACUACAGAGGAAAGCUUUCUAACGGAAGCCAGGUGGCUGUGAAAAGGUUCUCAACUCAGUUUCUCCAUACACAUGGAUCAGACAAGAAGCGUUUGUUGAAGGAAAUCAAAGGCAUUGGUCAUGUUCGCCAUCCGAAUUUGCUUCCUGUCAGAGGUUGGUGUCAAGACAACCAUGAAAUCAUGGUGGUCUAUGACUUUGUUCCCAAUGGCAGCCUAGACAAAUGGUUAUUUGGGGCUGGUGUUCUUCCAUGGACUAGGAGGUUCAAAGUUAUUAAGGAUGUAGCUGAUGGCUUGAGCUUCCUCCACUCUAAGCAACUAGCCCACAAAAACUUGAAAUGCAGCAGUGUGUUUCUAGAUGUCAACUUCAGAGCUGUUUUGGGUGAUUUUGGGUUUGUGCUGCUGGGGGCAGAGUCAAAACAGUUUGAGUCAGCAGUGUGUCAUGGUGCAGAUGUGUUUGAAUUUGGUGUCCUUGUGUUGGAAGUAAUAGCCGGAAGAGUAAGGGAUGAGAAAGAGGAGGGAAAUACAGAAGAGAGGAACCUAUUGGAUUAUGCUUGGAACUUGCAUCAGAUUGAUGAGAAAGUUAAGCUGGUGGACAGAAGGAUGGGAUCAUUGAUCAACUUGGAGCAGGCAAUUCGUGUUCUAGAAAUUGGGUUGCUUUGCACUCUGAAUGAGAACAAAGGAAGACCCUCAAUGGAGCAAGUGGUGGAGUUUCUUCUAAACAUGGAUAAGUCCAUUCCUGAACUGCCAAGAACUCGCCCUGUUUCCUUGUUCCCCUAUAAUAGCGCCAACACAGGUCUUUGCAACACAUAUUCUUGCACCUUUUGA